AUGUUUUCCCUGAGUUUAUUCAAUCAUAUACUCCAACCUUUCAACACGACAUACAGAUGUUGGUCAGUGUCCAUGCUUCCUGGCAGCGAACGAGAAGCCGUCGAUAGUGGUGGAAAAAUUAUAAUGCCUCCAUCUGCUCUGGACGCAUUGACUCGAUUAAAUAUCAACUACCCAAUGCUGUUCAAGUUAUCUAACAAAAGAAGCAACAGACAAACACAUUGUGGUGUAUUGGAGUUUAUCGCAGAUGAAGGAAAAAUAUACAUUCCUUAUUGGAUGAUGAAAAACCUGUUACUAGAUGAAGGAGAUAUGGUGCAAGUUGAAAGUGUUUCAUUAGAAGUAGCCACAUUUUCAAAGUUUCAACCUCUGAAUUCCGAAUUCUUAGAUAUUACCAACCCAAAGGCUGUUUUAGAAAAUUGCUUGCGCAAUUUUGCUUGUCUGACUACUGGUGAUGUAAUAGCUAUAAAGUACAAUCAAAAAAAUUAUGAAAUGUGUGUGUUGGAAACCAAACCGGGUAACGCUGUUAGUAUCAUUGAAUGUGAUAUGAAUGUUGAUUUUGCUCCACCAGUUGGUUAUCAAGAGCCUAAGCAUGAAAAAAAACCAGCUACAGAAGAUAUGAUGGUUGAUCCUGCUGAUUUAAUGCCAGAACUAUCUGGUUUUAUAGCAUUCAAAGGUUCAGGCAAUAGAUUAGAUGGUAAAAAAAAGAAAGAAAAUACUGACGAUCCGCUUAAUCAAGUUAAAGCAGCAUACCAAAGAGGAAUUCCAGAUUACGAGUAUACUUUAGGAACUAUACAGUUCUUAAGAAACAUCCGUCCAGUUAUUAAUGACAAAGAGAAUGAAAAUCAAGAUGGUUUUAAGCCAUUUGCGGGAUCUGGAUCAGUACUCAAAACAAAAACAAAGAAAAAUUAA